AUGCCUAUCACUAUGUCAAAAGGUCUCGGCCCCAAUCCUACCAGAUUCUGCAUCAUUUCUGACUCUGAGUUCUUCCCUCGAUCAAUGCUUGCAGUGACAAUCUCGGAGAGAGCCUGGAUUAAGUGGCACAGAUGGCAAGGCACUGAUUUUGAAGCUAUUGCGGCAGCUUUUGAGAAAAAUGGUCCAUAUGUACGUCUUGGGCCUACUGAAGUUGCUACCAAUUGUAAAGAAGGCUUCGACAGCGCAUAUGGAGUUGGAAAGCGGAAUUUUGACAGAUUCUCGACCUACAAUUAUUUUAUAAACCAUGGAACCCGGAAUAUGUUUACUUCACUGAAUGCCAAACAACAUAGCCGUCGCAGAGGCCGAAUUUCCACAGUUUAUUCACGGGCAUAUAUCCAGUCCUCUCCACAUUUUCAGGCCCUUCUUAAAACGAUGUUACUAGGGCGAAUGAUGCCAAUAUUCGACCAGGCAUCAGAGACAAAGGCUGGGAGUGUAGAUGUUCUUCCAUUACUUCAUGCAUACCCGCUUGACUUUAUGUCUGCCUUCGUUUUUGGGCUAUCCGAAGGGCAUAAUUUAAUUCGGGAUUUGGAUUACAGGGAGAAGUGGCUUGGGAUAUACCAAGUAAUUUUUAUGUCGAACGCUGCCUCUUUAUUAGGCGAAUUUAGACGGAUUACCCAGACUUUAACAAAAUUCGGAGCCCAUUUGCUCCCUAAGGGAUAUUUUGAGAUAAGGCAGCUAAGCGAAGAUUGGGCAAGUAGCAAAGCAAGAAGGGCAGAGCAAAGUAUUCAAAAAAGCUACGCUACGGGCGAGCCUUUAGCCCCAGGGGAGCUCCCAAUCGUUUAUAAUGCCGUGAGGAAUGGCAUUGCUCAAGAAAAUGGCGUUGAAAAGAGCUUCACUCCCAGUGAUGAACAGUUUAGGGAGCUAGCCAGUGAAUGCAAUGAUCAGAUUGGAAUUGCAUUCAGUUACUUAUUCUACGAGUUAUCGCGACACCCUACGGCUCAGGAUGACCUUCGUCAAGAACUUCUCUCCUUACCUGCCCCGUUCUACUUGGAUCACAGCCAAAGUCCUUCACAGCAGGAACUGCCGCCCCCAGAAGAUCUCCAACGUCUGCCAUUCUUGAAUGCAGUUAUCCGAGAAAGCCUCAGACUACGCAAUAGCCCUCCUGGAAUGGAUCCUCGAGUGACACCUCAAGGAUGUCUAUCGGAUAUCGGUCCAUACAAGAACAUACCCCCUGGGGUUCGUAUCGGUGCUUAUACUCACUUACUGCAUCGUAGCAGCGACCUCUAUGAUGAUCCUCUCGUCUGGAACCCCUACCGUUGGCUUAAAAAGAACGGCCAAUAUACAGAUGGAAAGAACAAAGCCUUGUUCUCCUUCAGCGGUGGUAGUAGGGGUUGUAUUGGCCAGCAUAUUGGGAUGGAACUAAUGAGGAACGCUCUGGCAGCAGUGUACACGAACUACAAAACCACAGUGGCUGACGAGAGCGAGUAUCCCGGAAACAAUGGCUUCGUCGCCGGUGAUGGUACAGAAAAGAUCUGGAUCGAAUUUCGAAAAUUAGAACAGUUAUAA